AUGUCUCUACCGUACUUGACGGCAAAAAGAUACUUAGAGGCAGACCGCCAAACCAGCCUGGACACGGUGAGGAGGGAGCUCAACGCAGUGGUCAAUGCUUUGCCUACCCAGAUUCAGCCCACAGAGCGAGAGGCAUUCCUAGAUGCCAUCCUGCACGACCUCAAGGUAGAGCCCGAGGCUGCUUGGCACAGCUGGCCUGAAGACGUCCACCUCCUGGCACUCACCGCCAUCAAGUUCUUGGGGCGCAACCCUGUGGGAUCUGAAACCCUUCUCUCCGCCCAGCACAUCUCCAUUCUCGUCUAUCACUCUUGCCUCCCCGUGCCGGAACCACUUGCUCAGACCCCAGCCUCGUCGUCGCCAUGUUCGACCACCGCCCGGGAAGCCCUCAAGAUUUUGGCCAAUCUGCUGGUUCUGUCUGCUGCUGGGCGGACAAAGUUUUUCAGAAAUGGAGGAGCGGAUGCCGUAUCCAAAGCCCUCGCGCAGCCCAAAAGGGAUGAGAAGGAUGAGGAAGCACAUGUGGAAAGGAUAUUCCUGCUGGGACGAUUGGGCUUCUUGGUGUGCUUGGAGCGGCCAGAUGCGGCCAAGGGUAUGGUAGAGGCAGACGUGAUUGACGCGCUUGUCCAGCACUUGAUGACGCUACCUGUGGUACCCACCCAUUACAUGGCCCUGUCAGAGCUCCUCAAAUUGACAAACGCGUUGCUCUCAGUGUACCCGUACAAGAGUGUGGACAAGAGUGGACAAGACCCUUGGGAUGAACAAUUCGACAUCAUUCUCUAUCCUCUUCUCCAUCUCUUUUACGAAAUUCCCGCCGUCGAACUGUCUCCACCUCUCACGCACGUUAUCAACGCCCUUCUAUCCGUCCCCUUCUUGCCCCGCCUGCUCCCAACAUGGACGUGCGUCCCCGAUACGACCAUAGAGCCUCUUUCAAGUCCUACCUCUACGGUCCGAACCCUCCUCCAUAAGCUGAGUAACCUCGCUUCCCCUUCGAGCCCACGCAAGCAGCUUGCGCCCCCUCGAUCAAGAUCGCCUGCCCUUGGAGACUCUUACUCAGCAUCUAGCUCCCCUCGAGCCAGUUUAUCGGGAGGCAGGCCAUCUGGCUCGGGCAGCUCGCAGCACAAGACCGCAUUUCCCGCAAGACUACUCAAAGUCCUGGACACAUUCUUCAGCACGUAUUUGCCGUACCCGAAGAAGCCAGACGACAAGUUGCCACAGGGGCUGGUUCCGGACGAGGUGCUACCCCCCGUACUGCUGCUGCUGACAAGGGCAGCAGUCGGGUGCGACACCAUGCGAGUGUGGAUGAAGGGGACACUAUUGCCACCAACUUUGGACCGAGCGCCAGAAGCGGGACCGAUCGAGAAACGAAAAGGCCUGCUGGGUAAUAUUCUGAGGCUUAUGGGCUGCGGCGGACACACCCUCAGCAAAGUGUCCGCCGGAGAGUUCAUGUGGGCCGUCUGCAAUGGAGACGCCUCAGACCUCUCGGCAGAGAUUGGAUAUGGUAAUGCUGCGGGGGUCCUCUUGGAGAAGGGCUUUUCAGGCCCACCUCCGGCCAAGAUCACCGAGCUCUGGGAGUCUAGCCUCAGGCCCAUAUCAAUCUCGGGCCAGCCCGUCUCUCAUCCUCCCGAUGCCAGUUCACCCAUCACCAUUCAGCCAGCCACACCUAUCGAGCCUCGUCAUCCGAUCACUGGCCUCCGAGAUCGCGAUGAUAAGCAAGACAUGAACGAGAUGUCGGAUGAGGAAAAGGAGCGAGAAGCGGAGAGGCUAUUUGCGCUGUUUGACAGGAUGGAGCGGAACCCUGUGAUCAGUAUGAAGUCGGACGAGGGACAGGCAAAGGGGAUCCAGGACAUCAUGCGGGACAAGCUGGAGAAGGGCGAGCUGGAAGCGUGGCAGGGAAAGGAUGACGAGGCGGAGCGCAGAAAGCAGGAAGAGCAGGAGCAGAUAGAUGAGACAGAGGCGCUGAGGGAGAUCCAGCAGUACAAGCAGCGCACUGGGCGGUCUUAG